CUUCUUUCUUCGCCUCCCAGCCCAGCCCCUGCCCCUUCGUCCAGGCGCCUGCGGAGAAACCGGGGCCUGUCGGCGCUCGGGUGCGGAUCCUGGAGGAAGGAUCCCGGCCCGGGACUUCUGGGAGGCUCCUGUGACCCUGGAAGGGGGGAAAGAGUCCACGAUUGCGGGCCAGGGCGGCCUUCCAUGCACGGUACCCCCCGAGAGGAAAGGGCAGCAGGACGGGAUUCUGGGAAGGAUGAGUUCACCGAGGGAUGAAGCUGGAUGGGAGCUGGGCAUCCCUGAAGGGCCGGAGUAGGGGAAGGGGAGAUGGUCUGCUCUUACCCAAACGCUGCUGGGCCUGGGCCUGUGCCCCCGGGUCAGCCGUCCCUGUUACCUGGGUGGGUGGGGUCACAGUGCCCAGAGUUCAGUGUUAGCUGAUGCCAUCCCCACCCCUCCCAACGCAGACCCAAGCUCCAGGCCUGGGGUCUUGACUACCAGCCCCAUCCCCAAAACACAUCUCCCUGGGAGGGAGAGCCAGCAAGGCAUAUGUUCUUGGGCAGAGAUGGAGGCCUGAGUAUGUCUUGGGAAGAGAAGAGGAGACAGCUAGACAACCAGGAAGGAGCUUGGAGCUAUCAAGACACAACAGCAUCACGGGAACAAUGGAAAGAGGACCAACAAAGAGGCCGACAAGGCAUCCCCAUCAGGGACAGCCAAGCCGACUGAGCAGGAGGAGACAAGAGAGCCCCAGGCAUAGCUAGAGCAGGUGCUGACUACAUGUUUUGGAAUAAAUGAAGGAAGGACAAAUGAAGGCAAAACAAAGCAGCAACAAAUGGUAUGGUAGACAGUGCAGUGAGAGAAAAGACCAGGUCCAAGGAAGUUGGAGGUGGUCUCAGAUCAUGUCCCCUUCUUGAUGACAUCUCUGCGAUUAGAUGAGGAACUGGAGACACGUGACUUGGCCCAGGCCACUUAGCCUUGCAGAGCAGGGCUAGGUUCCUGACCUCCAGGUUAGUCUUCAGUGCUCCACCUAAUGAAAGAGCUAUGUCUUUACCUAAAUGGUGGGAGCUUGGGGUUGGGAGGGCUCCUGCUCCUGGCUGUGGUCAUUGUGUCCGCCUAUCUGUGUCGGCUCCAUCGGAAAGUGAGGAGGCUGGAGAGGAGCUGGGCCCAGCUCUCGGAGCAAGAGCUCCACUACGCAUCUCUGCUCCCCAUCCCCGGCAGUGAGAGGCCCGACCCCGGCCACAGGGAAGGCACCAAGGAGGACCCCAGCACCGAAUAUGCCUGCAUCGCCAAGAACUAAGCCACCAAAGCUUCCCCCAGACACCUCCCUGAACUCAGGCCGACCCUGCGGUCCACCCAGUAAACACUGUGUCUUGCCA